AUGCGUGCGUACCGUGCCCACUGCGCCCCCACUGCCACCAUGGCGGUGGCUGUGGGCAGCAGGCAGCGCGGGUGCAGGCGAGGGCGAUGUGCAUGCACCCGUGCUACUCACCACCGCGUCAGCUGCGCGUGCACAGGCGGUGGGAGGCGGGGCAGGGGUGGUGGCAGCGUGUGGUGGUGCAGGGGGCAUGGCCACCAUGGGCAGGGAGGGAAGCAGAGAGGUGGGCUCAUUCAGUGGCGUGGCAGAAAUGGCUGCACAAACAUGUGCCGCCCGCACCUCCCCCGGUCCCCUUCCCACACCUGCCACUUCGCCUGCUGCUGCUGCUGGCGGUGUGGGUGGUGGCGGCGGCAGACGAGUGGGGGGCAGCGGCUUGGCGAAGAUGAAGACAGCGAAGAGACCUGCCCAGGGGGUGUGGUGCACACUGGCACUAUUCCCAUGAAUGUGGUGCACACUGGCACUAUUCCCAUGAAUGUGGUGCACACUGGCACUAUUCCCAUGAAUGUGGUGCACACUGGCACUAUUCCCAUGAAUGUGGUGCACACUGGCACUAUUCCCAUGAAUGUGGUGCACACUGGCACUAUUCCCAUGAAUGUGGUGCACACUGGCACUAUUCCCAUGAAUGUGGUGCACACUGGCACUAUUCCCAUGAAUGUGGUGCACACUGGCACUAUUCCCAUGAAUGUGGUGCACACUGGCACUAUUCCCAUGAAUGUGGUGCACACUGGCACUAUUCCCAUGAAUGUGGUGCACACUGGCACUAUUCCCAUGAAUGUGGUGCACACUGGCACUAUUCCCAUGAAUGUGGUGCACACUGGCACUAUUCCCAUGAAUGUGGUGCACACUGGCACUAUUCCCAUGAAUGUGGUGCACACUGGCACUAUUCCCAUGAAUGUGGUGCACACUGGCACUAUUCCCAUGAAUGUGGUGCACACUGGCACUAUUCCCAUGAAUGUGGUGCACACUGGCACUAUUCCCAUGAAUGUGGUGCACACUGGCACUAUUCCCAUGAAUGUGGUGCACACUGGCACUAUUCCCAUGAAUGUGGUGCACACUGGCACUAUUCCCAUGAAUGUGGUGCACACUGGCACUAUUCCCAUGAAUGUGGUGCACACUGGCACUAUUCCCAUGAAUGUGGUGCACACUGGCACUAUUCCCAUGAAUGUGGUGCACACUGGCGGUAUUCCCAUGAAUGUGGUGCACACUGGCACUAUUCCCAUGAAUGUGGUGCACACUGGCGGUAUUCCCAUGAAUGUGGUGCACACUGGCACUAUUCCCAUGAAUGUGGUGCACACUGGCACUAUUCCCAUGAAUGUGGUGCACACUGGCACUAUUCCCAUGAAUGUGGUGCACACUGGCACUAUUCCCAUGAAUGUGGUGCACACUGGCACUAUUCCCAUGAAUGUGGUGCACACUGGCACUAUUCCCAUGAAUGUGGUGCACACUGGCACUAUUCCCAUGAAUGUGGUGCACACUGGCAGCAUUCCCAUGAAUGUGGUGCACACUGGCACUAUUCCCGUGAACGUGGUGCACACUGGCACUAUUCCCAUGAAUGUGGUGCACACUGGCACUAUUCCCGUGAACGUGGUGCACACUGGCACUAUUCCCAUGAAUGUGGUGCACACUGGCACUAUUCCCAUGAAUGUGGUGCACACUGGCACUAUUCCCAUGAAUGUGGUGCACACUGGCACUAUUCCCAUGAAUGUGGUGCACACUGGCACUAUUCCCAUGAAUGUGGUGCACACUGGCACUAUUCCCAUGAAUGUGGUGCACACUGGCACUAUUCCCAUGAAUGUGGUGCACACUGGCACUAUUCCCAUGAAUGUGGUGCACACUGGCACUAUUCCCAUGAAUGUGGUGCACACUGGCACUAUUCCCAUGAAUGUGGUGCACACUGGCACUAUUCCCAUGAAUGUGGUGCACACUGGCACUAUUCCCAUGAAUGUGGUGCACACUGGCACUAUUCCCAUGAAUGUGGUGCACACUGGCACUAUUCCCAUGAAUGUGGUGCACACUGGCACUAUUCCCAUGAAUGUGGUGCACACUGGCACUAUUCCCAUGAAUGUGGUGCACACUGGCACUAUUCCCAUGAAUGUGGUGCACACUGGCACUAUUCCCAUGAAUGUGGUGCACACUGGCACUAUUCCCAUGAAUGUGGUGCACACUGGCACUAUUCCCAUGAAUGUGGUGCACACUGGCACUAUUCCCAUGAAUGUGGUGCACACUGGCACUAUUCCCAUGAAUGUGGUGCACACUGGCACUAUUCCCAUGAAUGUGGUGCACACUGGCACUAUUCCCAUGAAUGUGGUGCACACUGGCACUAUUCCCAUGAAUGUGGUGCACACUGGCACUAUUCCCAUGAAUGUGGUGCACACUGGCACUAUUCCCAUGAAUGUGGUGCACACUGGCACUAUUCCCAUGAAUGUGGUGCACACUGGCACUAUUCCCAUGAAUGUGGUGCACACUGGCACUAUUCCCAUGAAUGUGGUGCACACUGGCACUAUUCCCAUGAAUGUGGUGCACACUGGCACUAUUCCCAUGAAUGUGGUGCACACUGGCACUAUUCCCAUGAAUGUGGUGCACACUGGCACUAUUCCCAUGAAUGUGGUGCACACUGGCACUAUUCCCAUGAAUGUGGUGCACACUGGCACUAUUCCCAUGAAUGUGGUGCACACUGGCACUAUUCCCGUGAACGUGGUGCACACUGGCACUAUUCCCAUGAAUGUGGUGCACACUGGCACUAUUCCCAUGAAUGUGGUGCACACUGGCAGCAUUCCCAUGAAUGUGGUGCACACUGGCACUAUUCCCAUGAAUGUGGUGCACACUGGCACUAUUCCCAUGAAUGUGGUGCACACUGGCACUAUUCCCAUGAAUGUGGUGCACACUGGCACUAUUCCCGUGAACGUGGUGCACACUGGCACUAUUCCCAUGAAUGUGGUGCACACUGGCACUAUUCCCAUGAAUGUGGUGCACACUGGCACUAUUCCCGUGAACGUGGUGCACACUGGCACUAUUCCCGUGAACGUGGUGCACACUGGCACUAUUCCCGUGAACGUGGUGCACACUGGCACUAUUCCCGUGAACGUGGUGCACACUGGCACUAUUCCCAUGAAUGUGGUGCACACUGGCACUAUUCCCAUGAAUGUGGUGCACACUGGCACUAUUCCCAUGAAUGUGGUGCACACUGGCACUAUUCCCAUGAAUGUGGUGCACACUGGCACUAUUCCCAUGAAUGUGGUGCACACUGGCACUAUUCCCAUGAAUGUGGUGCACACUGGCACUAUUCCCAUGAAUGUGGUGCACACUGGCACUAUUCCCAUGAAUGUGGUGCACACUGGCACUAUUCCCAUGAAUGUGGUGCACACUGGCACUAUUCCCAUGAAUGUGGUGCACACUGGCACUAUUCCCAUGAAUGUGGUGCACGCUGGCCCUAUUCCCGUGAACGUGGUGCACACUAGCACUAUUCCCAUGAACGUGGUGCACACUGGCACUAUUCCCAUGAAUGUGGUGCACACUGGCACUAUUCCCAUGAAUGUGGUGCACACUGGCACUAUUCCCAUGAAUGUGGUGCACACUGGCACUAUUCCCAUGAAUGUGGUGCACACUGGCACUAUUCCCAUGAAUGUGGUGCACACUGGCACUAUUCCCAUGAAUGUGGUGCACACUGGCACUAUUCCCAUGAAUGUGGUGCACACUGGCACUAUUCCCAUGAAUGUGGUGCACACUGGCACUAUUCCCAUGAAUGUGGUGCACACUGGCACUAUUCCCAUGAAUGUGGUGCACACUGGCACCACUCCCAUGAAUGUGGUGCACUCUGGCACUAUUCCCAUGAAUGUGGUGCACACUGGCACUAUUCCCAUGAAUGUGGUGCACACUGGCACUAUUCCCAUGAAUGUGGUGCACACUGGCACUAUUCCCAUGAAUGUGGUGCACACUGGCACUAUUCCCAUGAAUGUGGUGCACACUGGCACUAUUCCCAUGAAUGUGGUGCACACUGGCACUAUUCCCAUGAAUGUGGUGCACACUGGCACUAUUCCCAUGAAUGUGGUGCCAGUGAAUGUGGUGCACACUGGCACUAUUCCCAUGAAUGUGGUGCACACUGGCACUAUUCCCAUGAAUGUGGUGCACACUGGCACUAUUCCCAUGAAUGUGGUGCACACUGGCACUAUUCCCAUGAAUGUGGUGCACACUGGCACUAUUCCCAUGAAUGUGGUGCACACUGGCACUAUUCCCAUGAAUGUGGUGCACACUGGCACUAUUCCCAUGAAUGUGGUGCACACUGGCACUAUUCCCAUGAAUGUGGUGCACACUGGCACUAUUCCCAUGAAUGUGGUGCACACUGGCACUAUUCCCAUGAAUGUGGUGCACACUGGCACUAUUCCCAUGAAUGUGGUGCACACUGGCACUAUUCCCAUGAAUGUGGUGCACACUGGCACUAUUCCCAUGAAUGUGGUGCACACUGGCACUAUUCCCAUGAAUGUGGUGCACACUGGCACUAUUCCCAUGAAUGUGGUGCACACUGGCACUAUUCCCAUGAAUGUGGUGCACACUGGCACUAUUCCCAUGAAUGUGGUGCACACUGGCACUAUUCCCAUGAAUGUGGUGCACACUGGCACUAUUCCCAUGAAUGUGGUGCACACUGGCACUAUUCCCAUGAAUGUGGUGCACACUGGCACUAUUCCCAUGAAUGUGGUGCACACUGGCACUAUUCCCAUGAAUGUGGUGCACACUGGCACUAUUCCCAUGAAUGUGGUGCACACUGGCACUAUUCCCAUGAAUGUGGUGCACACUGGCACUAUUCCCAUGAAUGUGGUGCACACUGGCACUAUUCCCAUGAAUGUGGUGCACACUGGCACUAUUCCCAUGAAUGUGGUGCACACUGGCACUAUUCCCAUGAAUGUGGUGCACACUGGCACUAUUCCCAUGAAUGUGGUGCACACUGGCACUAUUCCCAUGAAUGUGGUGCACACUGGCACUAUUCCCAUGAAUGUGGUGCACACUGGCACUAUUCCCAUGAAUGUGGUGCACACUGGCACUAUUCCCAUGAAUGUGGUGCACACUGGCACUAUUCCCAUGAAUGUGGUGCACACUGGCACUAUUCCCAUGAAUGUGGUGCACACUGGCACUAUUCCCAUGAAUGUGGUGCACACUGGCACUAUUCCCAUGAAUGUGGUGCACACUGGCACUAUUCCCAUGAAUGUGGUGCACACUGGCACUAUUCCCAUGAAUGUGGUGCACACUGGCACUAUUCCCAUGAAUGUGGUGCACACUGGCACCACUCCCAUGAAUGUGGUGCACUCUGGCACUAUUCCCAUGAAUGUGGUGCACACUGGCACUAUUCCCAUGAAUGUGGUGCACACUGGCACUAUUCCCAUGAAUGUGGUGCACACUGGCACUAUUCCCAUGAAUGUGGUGCACACUGGCACUAUUCCCAUGAAUGUGGUGCACACUGGCACUAUUCCCAUGAAUGUGGUGCACACUGGCACUAUUCCCAUGAAUGUGGUGCACACUGGCACUAUUCCCAUGAAUGUGGUGCCAGUGAAUGUGGUGCACACUGGCACUAUUCCCAUGAAUGUGGUGCACACUGGCACUAUUCCCAUGAAUGUGGUGCACACUGGCACUAUUCCCAUGAAUGUGGUGCACACUGGCACUAUUCCCAUGAAUGUGGUGCACACUGGCACUAUUCCCAUGAAUGUGGUGCACACUGGCACUAUUCCCAUGAAUGUGGUGCACACUGGCACUAUUCCCAUGAAUGUGGUGCACACUGGCACUAUUCCCAUGAAUGUGGUGCACACUGGCACUAUUCCCAUGAAUGUGGUGCACACUGGCACUAUUCCCAUGAAUGUGGUGCACACUGGCACUAUUCCCAUGAAUGUGGUGCACACUGGCACUAUUCCCAUGAAUGUGGUGCACACUGGCACUAUUCCCAUGAAUGUGGUGCACACUGGCACUAUUCCCAUGAAUGUGGUGCACACUGGCACUAUUCCCAUGAAUGUGGUGCACACUGGCACUAUUCCCAUGAAUGUGGUGCACACUGGCACUAUUCCCAUGAAUGUGGUGCACACUGGCACUAUUCCCAUGAAUGUGGUGCACACUGGCACUAUUCCCAUGAAUGUGGUGCACACUGGCACUAUUCCCAUGAAUGUGGUGCACACUGGCACUAUUCCCAUGAAUGUGGUGCACACUGGCACUAUUCCCAUGAAUGUGGUGCACACUGGCACUAUUCCCAUGAAUGUGGUGCACACUGGCACUAUUCCCAUGAAUGUGGUGCACACUGGCACUAUUCCCAUGAAUGUGGUGCACACUGGCACUAUUCCCAUGAAUGUGGUGCACACUGGCACUAUUCCCAUGAAUGUGGUGCACACUGGCACUAUUCCCAUGAAUGUGGUGCACACUGGCACUAUUCCCAUGAAUGUGGUGCACACUGGCACUAUUCCCAUGAAUGUGGUGCACACUGGCACUAUUCCCAUGAAUGUGGUGCACACUGGCACUAUUCCCAUGAAUGUGGUGCACACUGGCACUAUUCCCAUGAAUGUGGUGCACACUGGCACUAUUCCCAUGAAUGUGGUGCACACUGGCACUAUUCCCAUGAAUGUGGUGCACACUGGCACUAUUCCCAUGAAUGUGGUGCACACUGGCACUAUUCCCAUGAAUGUGGUGCACACUGGCACUAUUCCCAUGAAUGUGGUGCACACUGGCACUAUUCCCAUGAAUGUGGUGCACACUGGCACUAUUCCCAUGAAUGUGGUGCACACUGGCACUAUUCCCAUGAAUGUGGUGCACACUGGCACUAUUCCCAUGAAUGUGGUGCACACUGGCACUAUUCCCAUGAAUGUGGUGCACACUGGCACUAUUCCCAUGAAUGUGGUGCACACUGGCACUAUUCCCAUGAAUGUGGUGCACACUGGCACUAUUCCCAUGAAUGUGGUGCACACUGGCACUAUUCCCAUGAAUGUGGUGCACACUGGCACUAUUCCCAUGAAUGUGGUGCACACUGGCACUAUUCCCAUGAAUGUGGUGCACACUGGCACUAUUCCCAUGAAUGUGGUGCACACUGGCACUAUUCCCAUGAAUGUGGUGCACACUGGCACUAUUCCCAUGAAUGUGGUGCACACUGGCACUAUUCCCAUGAAUGUGGUGCACACUGGCACUAUUCCCAUGAAUGUGGUGCACACUGGCACUAUUCCCAUGAAUGUGGUGCACACUGGCACUAUUCCCAUGAAUGUGGUGCACACUGGCACUAUUCCCAUGAAUGUGGUGCACACUGGCACUAUUCCCAUGAAUGUGGUGCACACUGGCACUAUUCCCAUGAAUGUGGUGCACACUGGCACUAUUCCCAUGAAUGUGGUGCACACUGGCACUAUUCCCAUGAAUGUGGUGCACACUGGCACUAUUCCCAUGAAUGUGGUGCACACUGGCACUAUUCCCAUGAAUGUGGUGCACACUGGCACUAUUCCCAUGAAUGUGGUGCACACUGGCACUAUUCCCAUGAAUGUGGUGCACACUGGCACUAUUCCCAUGAAUGUGGUGCACACUGGCACUAUUCCCAUGAAUGUGGUGCACACUGGCACUAUUCCCAUGAAUGUGGUGCACACUGGCACUAUUCCCAUGAAUGUGGUGCACACUGGCACUAUUCCCAUGAAUGUGGUGCACACUGGCACUAUUCCCAUGAAUGUGGUGCACACUGGCACUAUUCCCAUGAAUGUGGUGCACACUGGCACUAUUCCCAUGAAUGUGGUGCACACUGGCACUAUUCCCAUGAAUGUGGUGCACACUGGCACUAUUCCCAUGAAUGUGGUGCACACUGGCACUAUUCCCAUGAAUGUGGUGCACACUGGCACUAUUCCCAUGAAUGUGGUGCACACUGGCACUAUUCCCAUGAAUGUGGUGCACACUGGCACUAUUCCCAUGAAUGUGGUGCACACUGGCACUAUUCCCAUGAAUGUGGUGCACACUGGCACUAUUCCCAUGAAUGUGGUGCACACUGGCACUAUUCCCAUGAAUGUGGUGCACACUGGCACUAUUCCCAUGAAUGUGGUGCACACUGGCACUAUUCCCAUGAAUGUGGUGCACACUGGCACUAUUCCCAUGAAUGUGGUGCACACUGGCACUAUUCCCAUGAAUGUGGUGCACACUGGCACUAUUCCCAUGAAUGUGGUGCACACUGGCACUAUUCCCAUGAAUGUGGUGCACACUGGCACUAUUCCCAUGAAUGUGGUGCACACUGGCACUAUUCCCAUGAAUGUGGUGCACACUGGCACUAUUCCCAUGAAUGUGGUGCACACUGGCACUAUUCCCAUGAAUGUGGUGCACACUGGCACUAUUCCCAUGAAUGUGGUGCACACUGGCACUAUUCCCAUGAAUGUGGUGCACACUGGCACUAUUCCCAUGAAUGUGGUGCACACUGGCACUAUUCCCAUGAAUGUGGUGCACACUGGCACUAUUCCCAUGAAUGUGGUGCACACUGGCACUAUUCCCAUGAAUGUGGUGCACACUGGCACUAUUCCCAUGAAUGUGGUGCACACUGGCACUAUUCCCAUGAAUGUGGUGCACACUGGCACUAUUCCCAUGAAUGUGGUGCACACUGGCACUAUUCCCAUGAAUGUGGUGCACACUGGCACUAUUCCCAUGAAUGUGGUGCACACUGGCACUAUUCCCAUGAAUGUGGUGCACACUGGCACUAUUCCCAUGAAUGUGGUGCACACUGGCACUAUUCCCAUGAAUGUGGUGCACACUGGCACUAUUCCCAUGAAUGUGGUGCACACUGGCACUAUUCCCAUGAAUGUGGUGCACACUGGCACUAUUCCCAUGAAUGUGGUGCACACUGGCACUAUUCCCAUGAAUGUGGUGCACACUGGCACUAUUCCCAUGAAUGUGGUGCACACUGGCACUAUUCCCAUGAAUGUGGUGCACACUGGCACUAUUCCCAUGAAUGUGGUGCACACUGGCACUAUUCCCAUGAAUGUGGUGCACACUGGCACUAUUCCCAUGAAUGUGGUGCACACUGGCACUAUUCCCAUGAAUGUGGUGCACACUGGCACUAUUCCCAUGAAUGUGGUGCACACUGGCACUAUUCCCAUGAAUGUGGUGCACACUGGCACUAUUCCCAUGAAUGUGGUGCACACUGGCACCAUUCCCUUGAAUGUGGUGCACACUGGCACCAUUCCCGUGAAUGUGGUGCACACUGGCACUAUUCCCAUGAAUGUGGUGCACACUGGCACUAUUCCCAUGAAUGUGGUGCACACUGGCACUAUUCCCAUGAAUGUGGUGCACACUGGCACUAUUCCCAUGAAUGUGGUGCACACUGGCACUAUUCCCAUGAAUGUGGUGCACACUGGCACUAUUCCCAUGAAUGUGGUGCACACUGGCACUAUUCCCAUGAAUGUGGUGCACACUGGCACUAUUCCCAUGAAUGUGGUGCACACUGGCACUAUUCCCGUAAAUGUGGUGCACACUGGCACUAUUCCCAUGAAUGUGGUGCACACUGGCACUAUUCCCAUGAAUGUGGUGCACACUGGCACUAUUCCCAUGAAUGUGGUGCACACUGGCACUAUUCCCAUGAAUGUGGUGCACACUGGCACUAUUCCCAUGAAUGUGGUGCACACUGGCACUAUUCCCAUGAAUGUGGUGCACACUGGCACUAUUCCCAUGAAUGUGGUGCACACUGGCACUAUUCCCAUGAAUGUGGUGCACACUGGCACUAUUCCCAUGAAUGUGGUGCACACUGGCACUAUUCCCAUGAAUGUGGUGCCAGUGAAUGUGGUGCACACUGGCACUAUUCCCAUGAAUGUGGUGCACACUGGCACUAUUCCCAUGAAUGUGGUGCACACUGGCACUAUUCCCAUGAAUGUGGUGCACACUGGCACUAUUCCCAUGAAUGUGGUGCACACUGGCACUAUUCCCAUGAAUGUGGUGCACACUGGCACUAUUCCCAUGAAUGUGGUGCACACUGGCACUAUUCCCAUGAAUGUGGUGCACACUGGCACUAUUCCCAUGAAUGUGGUGCACACUGGCACUAUUCCCAUGAAUGUGGUGCACACUGGCACUAUUCCCAUGAAUGUGGUGCACACUGGCACUAUUCCCAUGAAUGUGGUGCACACUGGCACUAUUCCCAUGAAUGUGGUGCACACUGGCACUAUUCCCAUGAAUGUGGUGCACACUGGCACUAUUCCCAUGAAUGUGGUGCACACUGGCACUAUUCCCAUGAAUGUGGUGCACACUGGGACCAUUCCCAUGAAUGUGGUGCACUCUGGCACUAUUCCCAUGAAUGUGGUGCACACUGGCACUAUUCCCAUGAAUGUGGUGCACACUGGCACUAUUCCCAUGAAUGUGGUGCACACUGGCACUAUUCCCAUGAAUGUGGUGCACACUGGCACUAUUCCCAUGAAUGUGGUGCACACUGGCACUAUUCCCAUGAAUGUGGUGCCAGUGAAUGUGGUGCACACUGGCACUAUUCCCAUGAAUGUGGUGCACACUGGCACUAUUCCCAUGAAUGUGGUGCACACUGGCACUAUUCCCAUGAAUGUGGUGCACACUGGCACUAUUCCCAUGAAUGUGGUGCACACUGGCACUAUUCCCAUGAAUGUGGUGCACACUGGCACUAUUCCCAUGAAUGUGGUGCACACUGGCACUAUUCCCAUGAAUGUGGUGCACACUGGCACUAUUCCCAUGAAUGUGGUGCACACUGGCACUAUUCCCAUGAAUGUGGUGCACACUGGCACUAUUCCCAUGAAUGUGGUGCACACUGGCACUAUUCCCAUGAAUGUGGUGCACACUGGCACUAUUCCCAUGAAUGUGGUGCACACUGGCACUAUUCCCAUGAAUGUGGUGCACACUGGCACUAUUCCCAUGAAUGUGGUGCACACUGGCACUAUUCCCAUGAAUGUGGUGCACACUGGCACUAUUCCCAUGAAUGUGGUGCACACUGGCACUAUUCCCAUGAAUGUGGUGCACACUGGCACUAUUCCCAUGAAUGUGGUGCACACUGGCACUAUUCCCAUGAAUGUGGUGCACACUGGCACUAUUCCCAUGAAUGUGGUGCACACUGGCACUAUUCCCAUGAAUGUGGUGCACACUGGCACUAUUCCCAUGAAUGUGGUGCACACUGGCACUAUUCCCAUGAAUGUGGUGCACACUGGCACUAUUCCCAUGAAUGUGGUGCACACUGGCACUAUUCCCAUGAAUGUGGUGCACACUGGCACUAUUCCCAUGAAUGUGGUGCACACUGGCACUAUUCCCAUGAAUGUGGUGCACACUGGCACUGUUCCCGUGAAUGCAUGGGUAGGAGCCCGCUUGCCACCGUGUGUCGCGGUGGAUGGCAGAACGGCAGGUCGCCAGCAGCACUCACUCAGCAAGUCGCGUGCCGCUGCAGAGAGGCCGACGUGCACAGCAGCGUCCACAGGCCGCCCUCCCACCCCCUCGCCCACUGCUGCACCCGCCGCAGCAGCAGCGUCGCCACGCGGGUCAGGCAGGUUGGCAUGGUGCCCACCUGGUGUCGUUGAAAAGCGUCUCGAGGUUGACAAUGUCGAUCAGCUGCAACCCCUCCGCCUCCGCCAACCUGCCAUGCCAUGCGCGGGAGAGACGAUGGGGGCAUGUGAGAAGACAUGGGCAUAA